GCCUGUAUCGUGCGAUGGCACACGUCUUGUACUCCCACUAUGUUCCUUUCAUCACUGUAUCCUACCACCUGAGCUUGUACUCCUGUACCCUAAGCUGCUUUGCAAUUGCUUGUCUCAUCUCAAAUUACCUGUCAGCGGCAGGUAUUUCUACCGAGCUCCGAGUGGUUCCCUUAGAGGUAAUCCUGUGCGCGGUCAGAGAUGCUGAAUUGAUGGAAUCGAGAUCAGGGUCCAGUCCCAUCACACGCCACAGCGGCGAUCACACCUGCCUCGUGCAUCUCAUUACAGCACCUGGCUUCCUUCCAUACCUCUACAGCUUUAUCCUUUACUUCCUCCUGCUUGCUACCCUUCCUGGCUACGUUGCUGUUUGCUCUCGACAACUGCAGACCUCAAGUACAACACCUCGUUGAUCAAUAGCAACACCGGGAUACCUUCGAUAGCGACGGAGGCGAGCGAGCAACAUGCGGGAGCGGCUGGGCAAGCACUGAAGAGACCGGAG